CUCCCGCCUCUGAGUUCCCACCUCCCAGCCGCUUACGUGAGCUCUAGUGAUCUUCUUUCUCCGGCGAAAAACGAUUCAUAGCAAGAUGAAUCGAUUGUAAUUCAUAAAACCUAGUUCGGAGAUAGAAACAUAGAUAUAGAGAGAGAUAGAGAUAAAGAGUUGUUGGGGGUGAGACGAUGGAAAGAUUUCUGAAGGAGAACUUCGAUUUGCCGGCGAAGAAUCCGUCCGAGGAGGUGCAGCGGCGAUGGCGCAACGCUGUCGGUCAGAUCGUCAGGAAUCGGAAGCGGAGGUUCCGCAUGGUUGCGGAUCUUGACAAGCGUUCAGAGGACCAGGCUCGCAGACGCAGCAUCCAGGAAAAGAUUCGAGUUGCUCUAUAUGUGCAGAAAGCUGCUUUGACAUUUAUUGGUGCUGCAAAUAAUAUUGAAUAUCAUCUUCCUGAGGAGGCCAGAAAAGCUGGAUUUUACAUUAACCCUGAUGAAUUGGCCACAAUUGCACGAGAACACAAUUCAAAGACCUUGAAAAUUCACGGAGGAUUAAACGGGAUAUCGAGAAAAUUGUCAGUUUCACUUGAAGAUGGAAUCAAGUCUAGUGAUUUGUCUAUCAGACAGAAUAUUUUUGGAGCCAAUCAAUUUCCAGAGAAGCCUGCUAGAAGUUUCUGGAUGUUUGUAUGGGAUGCGCUACAAGAUUUGACCUUAAUCAUUCUGAUGGUUUGCGCUGUAGUUUCAGUAGGAGUGGGCCUUGCCACCGAAGGGUGGCCAAAAGGGAUGUACGAUGGACUUGGGAUCAUUCUCAGCAUCUUCUUAGUAGUUACCGUUACUGCGGCCAGUGAUUACAAACAAUCAUUGCAGUUCAGAGACCUGGACCAAGAGAAAAAAAAGAUUUUUAUGCAAGUUACUAGAGAUGGCUACAGGCAAAAGGUUUCAAUUUAUGAUUUGGUUGUUGGAGAUGUUGUUCAUCUGUCAAUAGGAGAUCAGGUUCCAGCAGAUGGACUUUACAUAUCUGGUUACUCGCUAUCAAUUGAUGAGUCAAGCUUGUCCGGAGAAACUGAUCCAGUUUAUGCUUCUCAUGAAAAGCCUUUUCUGCUGGCUGGGACUAAAGUUCAAGACGGGUCAGCUAAAAUGCUAGUAACUGCUGUUGGUAUGAGGACUGAAUGGGGAAGACUUAUGGAAACUUUGAGCCAGGGAGGAGACAAUGAAACACCGUUGCAGGUGAAGCUUAAUGGUGUUGCCACUAUCAUUGGAAAGAUAGGUUUGGUGUUUGCCACAUUAACUUUUGUUGUUCUACUAGCCAGGUUUCUGGUUGAUAAGGCAAUUCAUGUUGGCUUGUUAAAAUGGUUCCCAGAUGAUGCCUUAUUAAUAUUGAAUUACUUUGCGAUUUCUGUUACCAUAAUUGUUGUUGCUGUUCCGGAGGGAUUACCUUUGGCCGUGACAUUGAGUCUUGCAUUUGCAAUGAAGAAGCUGAUGAAUGAUAAGGCACUUGUAAGGCACUUAUCAGCAUGUGAGACAAUGGGAUCUGCUGGAUGCAUUUGUACUGACAAGACAGGAACUUUGACUACUAAUCACAUGGUAGUGGAUAAGAUAUGGAUUGGUGAUGCAUCUAAAUCAUUCAGGAGUAAGGAGACCUCGGAGCAUUUAAAGGCUACAUUGUCUGACAAAGUACUUUGCAAUCUUCUGCAGUGCAUAUUCCAAAAUAGUGGCUCAGAAGUGGUGAGAGGAAAAGACGGAAAAAAUACCAUUUUGGGUACUCCAACAGAAACUGCUUUGUUGGAAUUUGGAUUAGAUUUGGAAGGUGUUGUGGAUACUACCCAUCAUCGAGAUUGCACUAGAUUAAAGGUGGAACCCUUUAAUUCGGUUAAGAAGAAGAUGUCUGUUCUAGUGUCACUACCAGAUGGAGGAACUCGAGCUUUCUGUAAAGGCGCAUCUGAAAUUAUCUUGCAGAUGUGUGAUAAGAUCCUUGAUUGUGAUGGAAAUCCCUUACCUUUAUCUGAAAAAGAAACAAAAACUAUCUUGGAUGUCAUUAAUCUCUUUGCCUGUGAUGCUUUAAGAACACUAUGUUUGGCCUACAAGGACAUGGGUGAAGCUUCAGAAGGAGAUGAAAUUUCUACUGAUGGUUAUACACUGAUAGCUGUUUUUGGAAUAAAAGAUCCUGUGCGACCUGGAGUCAGGGAAGCAGUUCAAACUUGUGUAACUGCUGGUAUAAAAGUACGUAUGGUGACCGGAGACAAUAUUAAUACAGCUAAAGCAAUUGCCAAAGAGUGCGGCAUAUUGACAGAUGAUGGUCUGGCAAUAGAAGGACCUGAAUUUCGCAGCAAGAGCCCAGAGGAGAUGAAGGAGUUGAUACCAAAGCUCCAGGUAAUGGCCCGUUCGUUGCCUCUUGACAAGCAUACUUUAGUGACCAAUCUGAGAAGCAUGGGGGAAGUUGUUGCAGUCACUGGGGAUGGAACUAACGAUGCUCCUGCGUUACAUGAGUCAGACAUAGGCCUUGCGAUGGGUAUUGCAGGCACAGAGGUUGCAAAAGAGAAUGCUGAUGUUAUUGUCCUAGACGACAACUUCACUACCAUCAUUAAUGUAGCUAAAUGGGGUCGUGCUGUAUAUAUUAACAUACAAAAGUUUGUGCAGUUCCAGUUGACGGUUAAUGUGGUUGCUCUUAUGAUCAAUUUUGUCUCGGCAUGCAUAACAGGGAAUGCUCCUCUCACUGCUGUGCAGCUACUAUGGGUGAACAUGAUUAUGGAUACGCUUGGUGCCUUGGCAUUAGCCACAGAACCUCCAAAUGAUGACAUGAUGAAGAGACCACCCACUGGACGUGGUGAAAAUUUCAUCACUAAGGCUAUGUGGAGGAAUAUCGCUGGCCAGAGUGUUUAUCAAUUGGUGGUUCUUGGAGUUCUCAUGUUUAAGGGGAAGAGUCUACUCAAAUUAACUGGUUCUGAUUCCGAUGUCAUUCUAAACACUUUCAUAUUCAAUACAUUCGUGUUUUGCCAGCUAUUCAACGAAAUAAACAGCAGAGAGAUGGAGAAAAUCAAUGUCUUCCGAGGAUUUUUUACCAGCUGGAUAUUUUCCGUAGUCCUAAUCUCGACGCUGGUCUUUCAAGUAAUCAUCGUUGAAUUCCUUGGUGCUUUUGCUAACACAGUUCCAUUAAGCUGGCAAUUAUGGCUUCUCAGCGUUCUUAUUGGAUCAGUGAGCUUAAUCAUAGCUGUGAUACUCAAGUUCAUACCAGUUGGUUCAGCGAAACUCCCUUCCCACAGCCACAAUGGUUACCACCCCAUCCCAAAUGACCAUGAACAAGUCUAAAAGGUAUGUACUCAAAAUUCUCAUAACUUUAUAAUAUAAUUUAUAUUA